AUGAGCCGUCCAUUACUUGCCGUUGUGGCAGGAGUGGGGCCAGGCGCAGGCGCAGCCAUAGCCCGGAAGUUUGCAUCCCAGUAUCCCGUCGUGUGCCUGGCUCGGAAACCAGAAAGCUUCAAUGACGUCGUCGCUGAAAUCAAUUCAAGUGGAGGGAAGGCCCUCGGCAUUGCGACAGAUCUUUCCAGCUCGACCAGCCUUCAGGCUGCUAUGGCAACUAUUGGUGCGGAGUUUGGAGAGGGCUAUGGUCUUUCGGCCGCAAUCUUCAACGCUGGUGGGAAGUUCGUACGGAAACCGUUCCUCGAGCUCACCCAGGGUGAAUUUGCCUCAAGCUGUGAGGUCCCCGGCAACGGGGCCUUUCUCUUCGCCCAGGCCACAAUCCCUCUUCUACUUGCCUCCGUUGCAAAUUCACAACACCCUCCAUCGCUCAUUUUCACUGGUGCAACUGCUGCCCUCAAGAGCUCCUCUCAGAUGGCCGCUUUUGCCGCUGGAAAGUGGAUUCAGAGAUCUCUAGCACAGUCUCUGGCGAAAGAAUUCGGGCCACAAGGUGUCCACGUAUCUCAUGCGAUUGUUGAUGGCUUCGUCGACACGCCACAGGUCAGGGAACUUGUCAAGGAGACGAAUCCCGACGCGAUGAUCAGUCCUGCUGCUAUCGCGGACGCUUAUUGGUACCUGCACAUGCAGCCAAGAAACUGCUUUACUUGGGAGAUGGAUAUCAGACCUUAUGUCGAGAAGUGGUAA